UAUGUAGUGCCCAGUGUGGGCGAGAUGAUCGUACCAGCCGCGGUCUUUGGCCUUCUCGCCAUUGCAGUCACCAUUUACAAGUUUGUUUUCGCGGUCAGUGAAUAUGACAACCUGGGUUUGCCAUUGGCAGGCGAGCCGGAUGGCGCAAAGCGAUUUAGCCUCAAGUCGCGCCUGCGAUACUACUAUGACUGCGCGGCGUUGUACACGGAUGCGUACUAUAGGUUUGGCAAGCACGGCAAAGCCGCUCUCGUGCCCGGGUACGGAGGACGAGCGGAUCUCAUCCUGCCAGAGAGCUCGACUGAAUGGACCACCGCGCAACCCGACAGUGUGCUGAGCGUCUCGCAGGCCUUCCUCCAAGCCAACCUAUCGACAUACUCGCUCGGACACUCGCGCUAUUGGGGUGACCCAUGGCAAUUCGCCCUGGUCAAGACGCAGCUGAACAACAUGAUGAAUUCACUCAUCCCGGCCGUCGACGAUGAGCUGCACCACAUUGUGCCUUUGGUCCUGGGCACAGACACCAGCUCCUGGAAGGAGAUACAUCUGGACGAGGCCGUACGGAUGAUUGUCGCGGGCUCCUCGAGCCGCUUCACGGUAGGGCUUCCCCUUUGCCGCAACGAGGAUUACCUGAAGCGUACCCUGUCCAUCAUCGACGGGGUUAUGAUCACCGCUAUUGUGGGCAACUGUCUGCCCGGCAUUCUCCUGCCUGUCGCUGCCCGCCUUGCCAGUCUACAUACCUGGCGCAACCUGAACAAGAUUAAGAACCAUAUCAUUCCGCAGUACCACGAACGGCUGGCCGCACUCGAGAAAGACACGGACGAUCAACCCCAAGACCAGCUGCAGGUCAUGCUGCGAUUCGCACAGAAGAAACGGCCCCAGGAGGUCAAUGACCUCGGCAUCAUGGCCACGCGCCUGGCGGCCUCCAACUUUGUCAGCAUGCACCAGACGGCCGGCACCGCCGUGCAGAUGCUCCUCAACAUCAUCGACUCCGACCCCGAAUUUGACACAAUUGCCAAACUUCGCGCCGAAGCGGACCGCGAGCUCGGUCCAGACGGUGCCUGGACCAAGGAAAAAUUCCAGCGCAUGCACGGCCACGACAGCGUGGCCCGCGAGUCGAUGCGCGUGACAUUCCCCUUCGGAAACCGCGGCCUCCUGCGCAAGGUCAUGAAAGACGACGUCGUCACCGACGGCGGCAUCCCUCUGAAAAGGGGCACCAUCGUGGCCUUCCUAGCAUCGCAGGCCCAGCGCGACCCAGCCAAAUUCUCUGAGCCCGAUAAGUUCGAUCCCUGGCGGUUCUCUCGUCCCGUCGAAAAGGAGGAGAAAGCCAACGGCGAAGCCCCCAAAGCCGCCUACCAUAAGGAUUCAUUCGUAUCGACCUCCCCGGACUAUCUGCCCUUCGGGCAUGGGCGCCACGCGUGUCCCGGCCGCUUCCUGGUUGAUUUUGAGCUGAAGAUGAUUGUCGCAUACAUCCUCAAGCACUAUGAUAUCGAGUUCCCGCCCGAAUACAAAGGCCAGCGCCCACCGAAUCGGCAGGUGGCAGAGCUGCAGGCGCCCCCGGCUGGAGUUAAGAUCAGAGUCAAGAGACGCGCUUAGUAGGGUUGGUAGUGGUGGUGGGUUGCUGACCUUUUCGUGGAGAAUGUCUAUCUAGAAACGUUGUGCGGUAG